AUGACAUCCUCUUCGACUUGGAAUCCUUUCAAAAAAUCAAUCUUAUUUCAUAAUAACUCAGACAAUUCUUUAACUGAAGAUAAUGAUACGUCAAAAAACAUUAGAUUAUCACAAUUCAAUAUAAAUUCAGAUGAAGAAUCUCAAACACAACUAGAAGGUUUCCAAAAUCAUGUGAGCCAACAACAAUCACAAAAAUGGACUCAAAAUGUUCUAAACCCAUUUAGAAGAAACAAAUCAAGGGUUAUGGGGCUUAUAGUUUCAAUAUUGUUAUUAGUUAAUGUUUCCCUGUGCAUUGUUUUAGUAGUUUUCAUUAAAUCUAAUGAAGUACCAACAUUUUUUGGUGAUUAUUUAACAUCUCAUAAUAAUUUAAAUCCACAAUCAGCAUCAAUAUUAAGAUAUAAAACAGCAAUAACUAGUGAAAAUAAAAUUGAGUUGAUGAAUAAAGAUCAAAAUGUUCUUCCUGUUCAUUCACAUAAUGAUUAUUGGAGAAAAACACCGUUAUUUGAAGCUUUAAGAUUAGGUAUUAGUUCAGUUGAAGCAGAUGUUUGGGGGUUUCCUAAUGAUCAUGAUUCAUAUCAAGAAUUAUAUGUUGGUCAUAAAAAAUUAAGCCUUUCAAAGUAUAAAACAUUGAAUUCAUUAUAUCUUUCAAAUAUUGAAGCAUUGUUAGAUGAUGUUAAUUCAAAAGUUUCUGUGGAUCAACAACAAGGUACUGAUGCAACAAAUGACACAUUGGCUAAUGGUUUACAAGGGGUCUUCUAUAAUGAUCCUUCAAAAUCUCUUGAUUUGAUUAUUGAUAUCAAAACUAACGGUAAUGAUACACUGCCAUUAAUAUUGAAAAAUUUGAAACCAUUGAUCAGCAAAAAUUAUUUAAGUUAUUAUAAUACCACUUCUGAGAAAUUCAACAAAGGUCCAUUGACAAUAACAAUAAGUGGUAAUAUUCCAUUUGAAAAAAUUCAAGAGCAAAAUAUAAGAUAUACAUUCAUUGAUGCACCAUUGAAUGAUCCUGAUUUUAGUGAAAAAUUCAAUAGUACCAAUUCCAUAUAUGGCUCAUCAUCCUUAGAAAAAAUAACCGGAUCAAAAUCAGCAUUGGGUUUCAAUGGAUUAGAUGAUGAUCAGAAAACCAAGAUUAAAGAAGUUAUAGAUAUAGCACAUGCACAAAAUAUCAAAACAAGAAUAUGGGAUACACCAAAUUGGCCAGUAUCUGUGAGAAAUUCAGUUUGGAAAGAUUUAUUAGAAUUGGGAGUGGAUUUGUUGAAUGCUGAUGAUUUGAAAGGAGCUGUUAUGUUUUAG